UUUGCCAUACCCCCUAUUUUCCCCUGGGGCUGAAUGGUUUGUUCCAUUUUUAUCAGAUCGGCUGUCAUCCAGGUCAGUUGGGGUCAAUAAACAACAAUUGGCCGAAGUCCAGCUUAGGCCUCGUAUACUUUCCUUAGCGUUCAGUUUACCCAGGACGGAAGGAAAAUCGCUAAUCCUGCGGUCCAGUGGAAGUUUAGAGAGCGUUUUAGGACUUGAUUUUACGAUAACACCCCUCAGGGCCCCGGACAAUUCUGCCAGGUCUUCCAAAAUUCCACAGUUCCAAGAUGCUUCCAAGACUCUCUCUGCUGGCAAGAUCUGCCCUGAAAGGGGCGGGAACUUAUGCUAGAGGUGUCCGUGUUGUAAGUACCCUUCCAGAGAUGCCCCCAUGUGACUUCCAGCCAUCACCGUACAAGGGUAUUUCAUAUGAAGAUGCCAUGCACCGCAGGAAGACUAAGCUGACGCCCGCCCUGCUGACGUACUACAAGAAGCCUGUGAUGGUGUACCAGGGCCACAUGCAGUGGUUAUGGGACGUACAUGGGCAGCGGUAUCUGGACCUGUUCGCUGGCAUCGUGACUGUCAGUGUUGGGCACUGUCAUCCGAAAGUAAAGGAGGCAGCUAAGGAACAGUUGGACUUGCUAUGGCACACCACCAAUGUCUACAUGCACCCUCCCAUCCAUGAGUAUGCAGAGAAACUCACAUCUUACUUACCUGGUGAUCUCAAGGUUUGCUAUUUCACCAACUCUGGUUCCGAGGCCAACGACCUGGCCCUGCUGAUGGCUCGGCUUCACACGGGCAGUUUUGAUAUCAUCUCAUUCAGGAAUGCAUACCACGGGUGCAGUCCUACACCAUGGUUUGCCAACGACAACGUAUUCCUAACAAGUGGACCAAAACUAUAUGUUAAAAGACAUUUUCCCCUGAUAUGCCUGAUGAGAUUCUGUCUAAUUUUGCAGACUGACAGAAGCUGUUCCUGUGCAGCAGGUGAGUGCAUGGCAAAGGACAUGUACCUGGAGCAGCUACACGAGGUCUUACGGUACUCCACUGGCAAAAGAGUGGCAGGCUUUUGGGCAGAGCCUGUUCAGGGAGUGGGGGGAGCUGUUCAGUAUCCAAAGGGAUUCCUGAAGGAGGCUUAUGCAAUGGUUAGGGAGAGAGGUGGGAUCUGUAUCGCUGACGAGGUACAGACCGGUUUUGGCCGGUUGGGCAGCCACUUCUGGGGGUUCCAGACACAUGAUGUUAUGCCUGACAUGGUUGUCAUGGCCAAGGGUAUUGGCAAUGGGUAUCCCCUGGCUGCUGUGGUCACUACACCAGAGAUUGCCCAGUCCAUGACCCAGGCUCUUCACCUGAACACCUUCGGAGGCAACCCAGUGGCCUGUGCAGUCGGGUCUGCAGUGCUUGAUGUGAUGGAGGAGGAUGGGACCCAGCAGAACAGUGCUGAUGUUGGGACGUACUUUCUACUGGAGCUGGCCAAACUGAGGGACGAGUUCUCCAUAGUGGGAGAUGUCAGGGGCAAGGGGCUGAUGAUCGGAUUGGAGCUGGUCAAGGAUAAGGGUACAAGGGAACCACUGCCUGGUCCUGAUGUUGUCUCCAUCUGGGAAGACAUUAAGGACAUGGGUGUGCUGAUUGGCAAGGGCGGUUUCUAUGGAAAUGUGUUCAGGAUCAAGCCUCCCAUGUGCCUGACCAAACAGGACGUGGACUUUGGUGUGGCCAUCAUUCGUCGGGCAAUAGAAAAGUACUGCGAACAGACCCAGCAAACCAAGGCUGCAGCGGUCAACUAAGAUGGGAGUUGAAGUGGAUGGCAAAGGAGGUUAUUUUAACCUGCUUGGGGUGACAAAGCAUCCGUACAAGUUCAAACAAGUCUAAAACGCACAAAGCACAGUGUGCAAAAUGUGUUGUGACGCAAACCAAUCAAGUGUUGUAUAUUGGGAGAAGGUACAUGUAUGUUUCUACCCGCAAUAAUUCCUAUCUCCUUCAGCAUGAUGAUACCAUCUAAGCUACAAAUGUAUUCUGCCAGUAUUAUGUUUUAUCAAGUGACUAGCAUUUGGCUGGUUUGGAUAAAAAUCUCCUGUUUUUCAUGAGAUUUGUACAUUUUCACACAGUGCUUUGUAUGUUUCUCUAAGAUUUGUAUGAAUGCUCAGGCACCCCUUGAAAAAAAAUCCCAAAACUGAUAUAGACUCAAUGUGUGUGGGUAACAACUGUAAUGUAAUACACAGCUAUCCAUCAAAACUAUAACAAAUGCUAGAAGUAGAAAAAGGGAAUUUGAAGAAUUACAAUGAACGAAAUGAUGUGGCAGGUGUAUCAAGAACAUUCCUCAUGUAUUCUAUGCGUUGUGUGGAUACCACACAGUUACCUCAGUAGAGUUACAUGACUUGUACGAAUCCCUGCUUGCCUGCGUUGUUAAUGCCCGUCAGUAGUAUGCCCCAUGUUCUCUCGAUUUUUAGAGUUCCAAUGUGAUGGGGUAGGUUUCCAAGUGAAACUAUGUUAGAGUCUCUGGCAAUUUUUAAAUAAGGCAAACUUCUGGAGAUCGACAAAUAUGACACUGUGUGACAAGGGCUUGAUAGGCAACAGACAUAGAAUUAAUUUGUAUGGUAAGUAUAAAAUUCAAGACCAGAAAAAGUUACUGUAAAGAUAUGAUGACAAAAACAAAAUGUAAAUGUUGUCUUUUAAUAUCUAAUCCACUAUAAAUGGACCAAUUAGGUCUAAAAUCAUCUUGCUUAUAAUGUAAUGUGGAACAAUGAAAUUGCAAUGACAAACCAAUAAUACUUCAGUUUACAUUUUGUAUAGUUUUAGUUUGAAUUUUAAUGUUUGGCUUUGGUUUGGACCUUGUUCUAGUAGAUUGUAGCUGUAGCUGACAUAGUACCAUUGGUACUACCCCACACCGCGUGCCUGCUAGCUACCAAAUAUCGCAAUCUGUAUGUACAUCAAAUUCAAUUUAAUAUUAUGAUAAUAUUGUGUCAUAAAUGUGGAGAGUUAGCUCAUGGAGAUAUUGUGCAAAAGGUGGUAGGGUAAGGAAGAAUCAAGGCAAUUGAGGACACUGAUUCUUUGAAAACUUGAAUCACAAUGAUCUCAUGUUUGAUCAUGCUUGCACACUAGGACCAUUUUAUGUCUUUUUCAUAUCAAAGACAGUUAUUGCCAGUUUUGAUGAUGCCAGUAUAAAAUUUAAUAUAUGUAAGUCUUACAUACAUCCAAACAAACUAUAA